UGCUGACGGAAUGUACGAGGUCUCCUUCUACUCCAACGCGGUGGUCUCCCAUGACGGCAGUAUCUUCUGGCUGCCUCCAGCCAUCUACAAGUCAGCCUGUAAGAUCGAGGUCAAACACUUCCCCUUCGACCAGCAGAACUGCACCAUGAGGUUCCGCUCCUGGACCUARGACCGCACAGAGAUCGACCUGAUCCUGAGGUCCGACGUGGCCAGCAUGGACGACUUCACACCCAGCGGAGAGUGGGACAUCAUCGCCCUGCCGGGGCGCCGCAACGAGAACCCUGCCGACCCCACCUACGUAGACAUCACCUAUGACUUCAUCAUCCGCAGGAAACCUCUGUUCUACACCAUCAACCUCAUCAUCCCCUGUGUCCUCAUCACCUCUCUGGCUAUCUUAGUGUUCUAUCUGCCCUCUGACUGUGGAGAGAAGAUGACCCUGUGUAUCUCUGUCCUGCUGGCCCUCACUGUGUUCCUCCUGCUGAUCUCUAAGAURGUCCCCCCCACCUCCCUGGACGUUCCUCUGGUCGGGAAGUACCUGAUGUUCACCAUGGUCCUGGUGACCUUCUCUAUUGUCACCAGUGUGUGUGUUCUCAACGUGCACCACCGCUCACCCACCACACACACCAUGCCUCCCUGGGUCAAGCUGGUUUUCCUCAACAAAUUGCCUGCGCUGCUCUUCAUGCGCCAGCCCCGGAACAGCUGCGAGCGUCAGAAGCUGCGCCAGCGACGGAGGGGCCAGGAGCAGAGGGAGGGGGGCAGGGAUGGGGGCUCCGCCGGGGGGCUGAUGGUGGGCCUGGGGCUGGGGGGCGGAGGGGGUGGCACGGAUAACAACGACCCCUGUACGUGUUACGUGAACCGGGCGUCGGUGAAACAGUUUGUAGGGGAGCUGGGAGGGGGCGCGGGGGAGGAGGGGGAGGAGGUCGAUGGAGGGGCUGAACGGGCUGAGGGAAAGCAGGGAGGGGGGGCAGGGGAACCGGCCCAGGGGAAACAGUAG